AUGUCGAGAGGCGUCAGUCUCUGUGUGUUGGCGGCUCUGAUUGUGACGGCGAGAGCCUGUGGCCAGGUGCCCCUGAGUCCCAGGACCCUGCAGGGGAACUCUGCCCAGGAGGGCUCCUGGCCCUGGCAGGCCAGUCUGCACUGGGACGGAAAAUACCUGUGUGGAGGUUCACUGAUCAACAGCAAGUGGGUGCUGACCGCAGCGAUUUGCUUCUAUAAGAGCAGUACCGCUGCCAGUCAGUGGACAGUGUACCUGGGCAGGCUGACACAGCUGGGCUCGAAUCCCCACGAAGUGUCCAGAGGGGUCCGGAAGAUCAUUCUCUACCCCUUCGGCUCUUAUAUUUAUUAUGAUAACAUUGCCCUGGUGAAGCUGAGCAGCCCUGUCACCUUCAACGACUACAUCCAGCCCAUCUGUCUGGCCGACACCAGAAGCUCUUUCCAAACUGGCACCAGCUGCUGGGUCACUGGGUGGGGCAACAUGACUGGCAGAAGGACAGCCUUGUCAGGGAACAAGACCCUGCAACAGGCCCAGCUGCCCGUCAUCGAGAGCACAGACUGUGUCAGACGGAUCUAUAAACUUUAUGGGUUUGCCUCUUGCCUCCUGUCAGACCCGCUGCUAAGCGGAAUCCUCCGCGCAAACGGUCUCGCCCCAGUCAAGCCCCAGCUGCAGGCGAUCAACGCAGACGCCGCCGAUCAGACCCAUUAA